AUGAUUAACUAAACAAGCUAGUAAAUUAAAAAAAGGCUUAGUCCAAGCAAAUAAAAUUAGGAGAAUACAGAACAAGAUAAGCAAUGCUUAGAACAGUUGAUAACUGAUCCUUUACAUUUAAAAUUAUUAAUAUUGGCUGGAACUGAUUUAAAGAUUGCAGAACUUUAGUAAAUAAAUUAAUGUGUAAACCUUAUGAAACUAGAUAUUUCAUCUAAUCAUCUCUAGUUGCUUCCUCCUAAUAUUGAUUUUAGUAAAUUUUCUAACCUUCGUUUGCUGUAUUUGCACAAUAAUAAUUUAAGUGACAUGGAAAGUCUAAAUCAAAUAUUCAAAUGCAAAUAAGUAGUUUAUUUAACACUAUUUAGAAAUCCUUUAUCAGAAUUAAAUUCUAUUCGCCACUACAUAAUAAAUUAAAUGCCCAGUUUAAAAUGCUUAGAUUUUAAUUAUGUUUUGGAUGAAGAAAGAAGUGAUAUAUUAAUAGCUGAUGAUAACUAAAGCGCUAGAUAUUAUUAGUUAUCCAAGCUUUCUUGGCCAGUUGUUAUAUAUCCAAAUGAUGAGAAUCUUACAGAGCAGUAAUACUUAAGUAUUCUGUUUAAAGAAAUAAGCAUAAUAACUACUUAGCAUAGAAAAUGCAGUUUCAUAUUAACUAUUUAGAGAUUCAUAAGGGGAUUUAUUGUCCGACGGUAGGUUACUAAGAUAAUAAAUUCAAUAUAAAAAAAAGAAAACGCAGUUAUAAAAUAUGCUGCAAAAUGGAAGCAAUAUAUUUUUAAAAAGAGAUAAUUGAAAGAAGUUUUAGCUGAUAGAAAAAAGUAAUACUUACUUGAAGACACUAAAAUGUAUAGACAUGCAAGGGCUUUGAAUAAAUUAGCUUAGUUAGUGAGAGAAUUUAAUAAAAAGUUAUAAUUAAGAAAAAGGUAUUAACGAGCUGCUCGUAUCCUCAUGAAAGCAAUGAGUAAUAAAAAAGCUUAUUUCUAUUCUUAUGAAAACUAUCUCUCUCUAACAUCCAAUGAGAAAUUAGAAAAUGGCAGUUCUGUUUCUUUAUACAUGAGAGAAGAUUAACUAAAGCUUGUUGAUAAUGAAGAGUUUAAAAAGUUUAUGGUUUUAUUUGCUAGCGACUCAGCUUAUUUCAAGCCUAAGGUUGAAGAAUUCUGUUCUAAUUUUGGUAAACAUAUCAUUAAAGGAAAUCCUUAUUAAAUAUUUAGAGUUCCAGAUUAAGAUAGUAUUGUUAUACCUAAUAAUCCAUUAAUAUAAUUAAUAAAACCAAGUUUGAAUUGCAAGAUUAUUUAGAGAAAGAAAUAUAAUGAUUAAAACAUAGAGACUGAUAAAUACUAUCAUAUCCAACGACACCCUAUAUUAAUGAAGUAUCAAAGAAUUGUUUAUAUUAAAGAGAAAUUCCUUACUCUUAGAUACAAAUUAAGUGAAGGGCAAAGAUAGAAAUCAUUAGAUAAAUCAAAAAAACUUUAAAUCUUUUCAGAAAAAAGAGAUCAUAUUCUUUUUGAAAUUAAAUUUCCUCAUAAUAAGGUUCUUUCAUAUUUCUUAAGGACAGUCGUAUAUAUGAAUUAAGAUGUUGAUUAGUACUUAGACGAUUACAAUUAAAGUAAGGGUUAAAAAUAAAAUUAAAAUGAACAAUAUAAUAAAUAACAAAAAGAAAAGAUUUUAGUAUUUUUCUCUUCUUUGUUAGAGAAAGUAUCUUCAGCUAUGAAGAUUUAAUAAAUUUGGAGGUUGUAUAUUAUCAAAAAAUAUAUGAAGAAGUAAAAUAUAAAUCCUUAUGAAAAGUUGUUAGAACACCAUGCUUCUUCUAAGUUAUAGAGGUGGGUUAAAAAGCUUUCUUAUUAACACAAAACCAGCUUUAUGAAAGACAUCUACCAUCAUCUCACCAAUAUCAUCAAAACAAAAUAGCUAUUCUUGCACGAGUAAAUCUAUUUAAAGUUAUUACAAUACUAGAACUAGUAGCAAUAUAUCGGCUUUUUGAAUAAAAAAGACUCGUUAUUUUCUUUCCGUUCUUAAAGCUCUAGAAUAUAUUUUAAUAAAAAUACAGACCAGAUUAUAGUAAGAAAUAUAGAACCUGAGUUUAUUAAGUCUGUUUUUCCUGCUUACGUUAAUAGAGUGUUUUCUGACUAGGGUUUUGACGAUUAAAUGAAUACUUAGUUCAUGCUAGGCGAUAUAUACCAUAUAUUGCAUGUAGGAUGUAAAAUAACAAGGCAUGAAAUAGGACCUAUGAAUUAUAUUUAAAUAGAUUUCCCCUCACUAUCUUAAGCAUUAUAUAGGACGGCUGUUCUUGCUUUGAAGACUUACAAUUUUAGAAUGAAUGGAUCUUGUGUCAAAUUAUAGCCUUACCAUCAUAUUUUAGACUGUAAUAUUAUACUUCCAUAUGAAGAGAAACUAUAGAUAGCUUACAGAAUGUAGAUAUAGGAAAUAGAAGGCAGAGAUAAUCAUUAAAUAAAGAAAGAAAUUGAUAAUAAGUUAUCUAUGUUUGUCUGUAGUGAUUUUUAAAAACAAUUUAUACUUUAAGGGAUAGAUACUACAACUAACUUCGGAUAUAAAUAAAUUCACAUGUUUACUUAAAGUGCUAAAAAUAAACCUCCAUAAAAAAUAAUAAACAACUUGAUUUACUUCCUUUCUGAUAAUAUUUAUAUGAAUAUCAACGAAUAAAAGGAAGAUAUAAAUAAUCCAGGAAAUAAUUUGAGACUGAGCAGCCUAUAGUAAUCUAGAAAGGCUUCUGCUAGCUUAAUGAGAGAAAGAAAUUCAAUAAUUGUCUAAAAAAAUAGCAUUAUUUCAUCAAAUUAAAAAUCUCAAAUAACGUCUCCAAAAAAUAAUGAACAAAAAUAUGCUGAAAAUAAUUUAUAGGAAUAUUCUUAAAAUUUAUUCAUUUCGUAGUUCUAUUUAGAGGAAGGUUAAAGUGAGGAAAAUAAAGUUAAUUUUAAUUAUCAUAGCCACAAGAAAAACGAUAGUACUGCAGCUUAAAGCAGAAACAGUAGUAUUAACUACGUUUCUAAUAGGGAUAGCUAUUAAAGUAGUUCCACUAGUUAUCAAUAUGGAAAGAGGAGAAGCCUUUCCUCUUUAGUUUCUAACCCAUAAAUAAAGCAAACUGCUAAAAAGGCAAUUCUUAGGCAGCAAGAUUUGUAAUUUAAUUGCAGUAUUGUUGAAAAUGAAAUAGAAAACACAGAGCUAAGUGUUUUGAAAGAGGAUACUCAAGGAAAUAGUUUUAAAUUGAAUAGAAAAUUGCAUUCUUCUUCUACUUCUAAAAAUAACAAGAACUUAAAUAACUUAAAAGCAUAAGAUAAUUUAAGAAAAGAUGAAAAAAAUUUACCUGGAAUUAUGCAUUCUUCUUUACUUUAAAAUGAUUUAAUUCGUUCAAAGGUUGUCAAACCUAACUUUAGAGAUUCUAAAGAAAUCAACAGGUUUAUCAAAGAAAGAGAGCAGGAUGAUGUCGAAAGUAAAAAAAUGAGAGUAAUUUUGUAAAAAGAUAGAAAAGAAGAAAUUAAAGAAAUGAAUUAAUAAUUGCUUCAUUUAAAAGUAUUGGAAAAGGCCUAAGUAAUUAGGAGUUCAAAAUAAGCAAACGAGUAAAAAAGAGCUCUCGAUUAAUACUAGUAAUAAUAAAAUAUAAUAUAGUAGGCUUAAAGCAUUAGAAAUCACUCUGUAUUAAACUCAGAUUAAAGCAAAAUUGAAAACUCUCUUAUAUUAAAUACAAACUUUUUAAAUAAACAAAUAGCCUCUUUUUAAAGUAAAAAAAAUAAACAGGAGCUUUAGUAAAUAAAUUACAUUAAAGCUUAAUCAAUAAAGAACUAAAAGCUAUUAAAUUUCAUCCCAAAAACAGAUAUAAAUAAAAAUAGGAGCUUUAGUUUAUCUAAAUAAGGUGGUCUCUUAAAUUAACUUUCUAUAAAUGAAAGUGAUACAUAAUUCUAACAGUAUUAACAUAAUUUAGAAAAUAAUUAAGAAUCAUCUGACAAUUAGGUUUCUGAAAUACUUCAAUAAUAAAAAAGAAGUACAAGUAUUUGUGAUAGGAGUAUGAAUAAUCAUUCUCAAAUUAUAGUAAGCUCCAAAAAAAAUGAAAUGAAUAUUUCUGGAUUAUAUGAAAACGAUGAACUUUCAAGAAAAUCAUCAAUAAAUAAAAAGCUUCCUUCUUUAGAAAAAACAAAGCAAGUUUUGAAUAAUUAUCUUUAAAAUAGCGCAGGCUACAACCCUUCUGGAGGCAUAUUACCUUAAUUAAAUGCAAAUGAAAACUCUCCGACUAAAAUGUAAAACGAAUCAAUUAUUCUAAAUGUAAAAUAAAGAUAGUACUUAGGUAGCCAGGUGAAAAAAAGAAUCUAAAGCUCUAACUAAAAAGAGAGAAUAAUUCAUUCAGUUUUCCCAGAAGAAUUUUACCCUAUAGCAAAUGGCUAAGCUGAUAAUUAAUUUUUGUUUGAUUUUAAUAUUGAUAAAAAUAAAAAGCAAAUUCAAAAACCUCUAAGUUAACAAACACAUAAAAAAUGA